AUGUCCAUGCCACCAUCCUGUCACUUUACAUUCCAGCCCUCUCCCUCUAAUCCAGAGCUCACGCUCCCGGAUUUCGCACAUGGGUCCUUUUAUGAUGCAGAAGGACUACCAGAUAUUUAUGCUGAUGCUCCGAACACCUAUCUGUCAUGGGGAAGCUCAGACGUGCAACCUUCGUUGGAGGAUACCUUAUCUCGUGGCGCAGCUGAGGCCCAAUUUCAUGCUGUUAGCCUACUUGGGCAGUACGGUGCCGAUCAGCACACUCGGACCGCAAGGCCGCACAUCCCAGCUUGA